UCAUAAUAUGCUUACAUAUCUCCCCUCCCAACCAAACAAACAAACAAACAAAACCCAAACCCCAGCAACUCCUACAUAGAAAAGCAAAACACAAGAUCAAGCCAAAACUUGAAGCAAAGCAAUCAUGGCAGAAGAACAACAAGACACAUCUCCAACAACAUCAACCUCAACAACAACUAGUUCUGUGUUGAUCAUUAAACUCAUGAGCAAAAGAAGAACAUGGGUAUGUCUAUUUGUUCUCGUCUACACAAUUCUCUUGUCAUCCUCAUGGAACAUACUCAAAUCCAUACUCUCUUGGUACCAAAUCAACUCCUCAACAUCCUCCCCUUCUUCUGGGUGGCCGGCGUUGUACGCCUCGGUGGUUCUAGGGGCGGUGUUCGGGUUGCUGUCGAUGGCCGCCGCCCUCGCCGUGGCGGUGCCGGCCACCCUGGUGACGUGGAUCACCGUCCUGGUGCUUCUCACGUUCCGGGGGAAGUCCCGUAGGUCGUUGCUGGUCGAUGCCAAGAAAUUGACGGCUGAGAUUACGGGGUUUUUGGGUAAGAUCUUGAUCAGGGAAGGGAAUGUUGUCGCCGCCGUUUGUGCUGUUUUGGGUUACUUUGUACUUGUUUGGAAGAACAGAGAAGAGGUUGGGUCUUAUUAGCUUUGGAUCACAGAAAUAUUGGGAAAGUUCUUUCUAUUUCUUCAAUCUAUCCCUCUAAAUCAGAAGAAAAUUGUGUUGUUGUUGUUGUUGUUGUUGUUGUUUUUUUUUGUUUUUUUCAUGAGUUCGGAAAAGCCUUCUUCAGUUAGGGCCUCACACUUGAUAGUUUUGGCUAAUUGUAGUUUAUCAUUUAUUUAUUUUUUUUAUAUUUUUAUAUUUUGUAAUUGUUUUAACAUAUUGUUUUUUUGGGUUUUGUUACAAAAGUAAUAAUUUUAUAUUAUGAAUA